GAGGGCUACAGGGCCCGCGCUCCCCCGCCUCCCUCGCUCUCUGCGGCCCCGCUUCGGCUCGCUUCCUCCGCCGCCGACGGCCAUGGCCUCCGCCGCCCGGGAGAGCGUGGGCUCUGGGCUCAGGCGGCCGCCACGGCUCCCGGCGCUGCGCGGGCUGCUGCUGCUGUGCUUGUGGCUGCCCAGCGGCCGCGCGGUGGGGUCGCCCUCCGCGCCGCUGUCCGAGCUGCACGCGCAGCUCUCGGGAGUGGAGCAGCUGCUGGAGGAGUUCCGCCGGCAGCUGCAGCAGGAACGGCCGCAGGAGGCGCUGGAGCUGGAACUGCGCGCGGGCGGCGGCCCCCAGGAAGGCUGCCCAGGCGGCGGCGGCGGCGGCUACAGCGCCAUGCCGGACGCCAUCAUCCGCACCAAGGACUCCAUCGCGGCCGGCGCCAGCUUCCUGAGCGCGCCGGCUGCCGUGCGGGACUGGCGGCAGUGCCUGGAGGCCUGCUGCCUCGAGCCGCGCUGCUCCGUGGCCGUGGUGGAGCUGCCCCGCCGGCCCGCGCCCCGGGCCGCCGCGCUCGGCUGCUACCUCUUCAACUGCACGGCGCGCGGCCGCAGCGUCUGCAAGUUCGCACUGCACCGCGGCUACAGCAGCUACAGCCUCAGCCGCGCCCCAGAGGGCGAGCAGGAAGGCCUGGAAGCUGGCGCCCCGGCCACCGCCCGGGCCUCGCCGUGGCCGGAAAAAGACGAGCCUCCACUUAGCAAGGCUGGGCAAGAUGUUGUUUUGCAUCUGCCCACAGACGGAGUGAUUCUGGAUGGCCGUGAGAGCACAGAUGACCACACCAUCGUCCAGUAUGAGUGGACACUGCUGCAGGGUGACCCGUCAGUGGACAUGAAGGUGCCUCAGUCCGGAACCCUGAAGCUGUCCCACCUACAGGAAGGGACAUACACCUUUCAGCUGACGGUGAUGGACACUGCUGGGCAGAGGAGCUCUGACAACGUCUCGGUGACCGUGCUUCCCGUGGCCUUCUCCACAGGAGGAUGCUCGAAUGUUUGCUCACGCUACCACUUCUUUUGUGAUGACGGCUGUUGCAUUGACAUCACGCUGGCUUGCGAUGGAGUGGAGCAGUGUCCUGAUGGGUCUGAUGAAGCUUUCUGUCAAAAUCUGAGCCUUGACCGCAAGACGGUGACCCACACGGCUAUGGCACAGCCUAGACCCACCAGACCAAGCAAAGAUGCAGGCAGGGGCUCCUUGCGGGAAAAGUCCCAGGAAGCCACCGCCCCAAAACAGCCACCUGCGUCAUCAACCACGGAAAAGAGGAAUCAUUCUGCCUUUUGGGGACCAGAGAGUCUCAUUGAUCCUGGGAUACCAGAUAGUGGUUCCUCAGGGAAGCACAGAAAAGAGGAAAAUUAUAUUUUUGAGUCAAAGAGCAAUCGAGGAGGAGGGGAACACCCAGCCCCAGAAGCAGGUGCAGUGCUACCCCUGGCCCUGGGUUUGGCUAUCACUGCUUUGCUGCUCCUCAUGGUUGCUUGUCGACUACGGCUGGUGAAACAGAAACUUAAAAAAGCUCGUCCCAUUACAUCUGAGGAGUCUGACUACCUCAUAAAUGGGAUGUAUCUAUAAUAAGUGUAAUUUAAAUAGCUGAGGGCAAGGACAUGUUUCACUUAUAAUUUGUAUAUAUUUUGGGUUCUGAUAUUUAUAACCUCUUCUGUGUUUUGUUUUGUUUUGUUUUGAACCUCUUCUGUUUAACUAAGAAAACUACUGAAAACCCUGAAGAUUCUGCAAAUACUAAACCUUUGUUUUUAUUUAUUGAUUUUCCUUGGGAAGUAUGUGAAAUAUUUUGAAAUUUAGAGAGGAGUCCAUAUGAUUAAAGACUUUUACAAAUCUAAUUCUGAUUUACAUAAGCUGUCCCUAAAAACAGAAAUUUGCAAUUAGCCAAGGCAGAAAAUUCAGAGUCUCUAGAGGUUCCUGAGAAAGGCAGUGUUAACUCUUUACUUUCUAGAAGCCAGCCAUUGGCACUUUAUACCACCCCACUUCCCUUGUCCUGUGGCCCUCCCAUUUCUCACUUUAAGCUUCCAGUGUUCUCCUUUCUCUUCUCCUCUUCAAAACCUAUUUCUGAGGAUGGAGCUCAAGUGAGUGUACACCUUCAAUGAGAUGUUAUCCACGGCAGGAAUAUCUAAGUUAUAAACCUAAUGAACAGGUCAAUAAGGCCUAAGGAAGGUGAACAUGCGUUCUUCCCAAUGCCUGACAUCGUGUCAUGUAGGUGGCUCCUUCAUUCUCCAAAAGGAGAGUGACUCAGACUUUGAAUUACAAAUAGCUCUAACAUGGUCAUGGAAGCCGAGAACCUGGCAGGUCAAAAAUUUUAACAGAAACCUAGCUGAGGGAAAAAUGAGCAAGGAGGAUGAUUAGUUCUUGUAUCUGCUCAACACUGCUCGAUGGUCCAGAACACAGCAGCUCAUUUAUAUAGUCACUGGUUUUCAGCAUUAGUAUGUGUUGAUGGAAGAAAAAAACUGCAUUCAAAUUGAAAAACAGAACACUGAAUGGAUUUCUGGGUACAGCUUUUGUAAAAAUGUCACGUGUUUAAGUAUCAGCGGUUCUUCCAUUCAGUGGAGUGAUGCAGUUUUUCCGUUAUUUAUUUAAUGCUCUAAAAUGUUAUAAUGUGCACACAGCUAGUGUCAGGCUUAUGUACUCCCAGAGCAUAAGGGAGUUUAGCACGAAUUCAUCUUUACAGAAAACCACCAUCUAGCUUAGCAUCUUUUACCUUUUAAUCUGUAGGAUUUUAAAGGCAUAUUAUUUCCACCAUUGCUUAAUGCUGGGACUAUGCACAUUCUAGAAAUUAUUCUACUGAGAGGAAUGUAUAAUGUGAUGUUCCUAUUCACAUAAUAGGUUUUUUGUUUUUUUUACCAUAAGUGGCAAAUCUUUUAAAAUACUUGAAAACCCUCUAGAAAACUAUUUUUAGACUGGACCUGAUGUAAGUUGUUCCUUUAGCAAAGACUUAAUUUGGGUCGGAGAUAAACAUUAACAAAUGGAUAGUUAGUUCUAGGAAAACAAAGAAAUUGGUUAUUUUUAUUUCCUAAGAAACUCAAGCAUGAAUUUUAGAAUUGAGCAAAGAUUUAAAUUUCUCCAUAAGGAGUUUAGAGAAAUGACUGUGUGAAUGAACUUAAGAUGUCUGUACUCUAUAUGUGAUGCUGUGCAGUUUGUUUUUA